AUGAGCGGACACCCGGAGCCCCAGGCUGCGAGGACAGUGCGCUCUUCAUCCCUCCCGGUGUCACCGACUUCGCCGCCCAUGUCCCAGUAUGCUUCCCGCUCAGACUCUAAGGGAGCUUUGGACAGCAGCAGCCCAGAAGCCAACACGGAAGAUGACAAAACUGAGCAGGACAUGCCUCCGCCUCAGAACUAUCUGUGGCUCACCAUUGUCUCCUGCUUUUGCCCAGCGUACCCGGUCAACAUCGUGGCUUUAGUCUUCUCCAUCAUGUCUCUGAACAGCUACAAUGAUGGAGAUUACGAAGGAGCCAGGAGGCUGGGGAGGAAUGCCAAGUGGGUGGCCAUCGCCUCCAUCAUCAUUGGCCUCGUCAUCAUCGGGGUGUCCUGUGCGGUGCACUUCUCCAGGAGAAUAGCCAGAUCCACAAGCCACGAGGACCAGCUGGCUGUGGAAGCCCGUGUCCUCAUAGAAAGUGUGCCCAGCGGAAAGCAGGUGACAGUGUCCAGGGAAGGGAAAGGCAAACUGAGAGCAAAGAGAAGUCAGAAUUUCUAUUUAGAUGACACUGGUGUCCUCAUCAAGUUCAGUGAAAUGUGA